AUGAGAGUGUGUUUGUUUGAGUGUGUCGUCCAUCCACAAUCCUCCUUUUUGUUUCACAAUCAUGAUUGUGUUUCAACCAACCAUAGUAGUAAACAACCAAUCUUUUAUUUAAAUAUGAAUAAUUCAAAAUCAACAACAAUAUUAUCACAUACAGUAUUGGCAAAUAUCAUAUCAAAGAUAUGUGAAGAUGAUCCAGUCGUUUAUAAUUUGAUUCGAUUGGCAUUGAUAUCGAAAAAGUGGGCGUCGACAUUGGUGCCGCAACACUUUUAUUUGAUCCGAAGCUCCAACUUUGACCAGCUGAUCCGGUUGGCCGCCAAGCCGCUCUUUAACCACGCGGGCGCACGGGAAUCUGCAGCGGCCGACAAACAAGGCGGGCAGCCAGCAGGCGACGCCGUACGUGUCGCUCAACACCAAGCUGCACCAGUUUCUGCAGCACUGUCCGAGCACGCGGUCCAUAUCGUUUUACAGCUACAGCUUGGAGAAUGA